UAUUAUAUGUAGAUAUAAAUCCCACAGCGAUAGGUAAAGCCAAACAGCUCGGUGCACGCCUCCGAAGCUUCGUUCAACCAGUGAUUACAUCAACCCCUUCGUGACCUGGACCGCGCCUCGCGCAAAGCUGAGGCCUCCGUCCCCUUAGCGUAGCUGAAAAUAUUGUCGUCGUAAAAGUGGAUAUGCCUUAUGGUCUCUCUCUCUCUCUCUCCUCACCACCGAGACCGGAUUCUUUUUUUUCGUGACUCUUCAGCCUGCGAGAGGCCCGUAAAGCACCUUGUCCACCCCUGUCCUUGGUGGGAGGCUUGGUGAACACACACCAGCACACAUACAGAUCGGACACCUUAAGCGGACCGAUCCGCUGCGCGGACUGCCCGGGCCGUAUGAUCACUUGCUGGUCGCAAGGCCUCCCGGUCAUGGAAUCAGACGGCCCUCGCCGGCUUUGGUAACCUCGUGCCUGGAUACUCCAGUGGCAUUCGCGAUAGAUUGGUACUGGCACCCGGAUGCUCAUGAGUUCCUUGUCUGCUCGAGUUGUUACGUCGAUCACAUACAUAGAACUACGUUCGGGGAAUCGUUUCGAUGCAACGAUUCGACGACAGGCAGCCGCGGGUAUGCCGGUUCAGCAAGCCCAGGAUUCGGGGCUGCCUCCUCAAAGCUGCCCUCGCGAUGGGCACCCUCGAGCUAGCACUAGAGCGGAUGCGCUUUCGCCCCUCGAUUCCCAACUGCAAGGGCACAAACGGUGCCAGGGGCACCGCCGGCAUCAAAUGGUACGCGACAAAAUUCAAGGAAAUAGACGGCUCUAGGGAAUACGAGCUCAAGGCCAAGUUUAACGACUGGCCCGGUUUCGUCCGCGAGGCGAAGGUGCGGACGUCUAUCCCGCCGUGUCCGCAGCAAGCCCGCGUUCCGACCUACGGCAGGAAAUGGGUUGUGCCUCGGGACGGGCCCAACGGGAUGAUCUUCUGUACGGCCUGCUAUUGCGACCACGUCGUCCACACCGGCGAGGGACAGAGGUGGAAGGCGGCGGAGAACUACACCCAGUCGCGCGAGACCAAGGCUCGGUGCGGCAUGAGCGUCCUGGGAAUUGGGACAGCUAUGACGUCCGCCCAGGAGGGCGGGGUCUGGUACACGCUGCCCUCGAACCCGGUCAACUUCGGCGUCUGUGCAAGCUGCUACGUCGCUGCCUUGGAGCCGCUCGGCGUGCCGCAAUUCUUCGUGCGCCAGCCCGCCGCGCCGUUCUUGCCACGGCUCCUAGAGACGUGCUUCACGCGCGGCCCGACGUCAUUCGACCAGGCUGCCUCCGCAUAUGCUUCCAUCCCGUUGUGCCGGCGCGACGAAGACGUCGGCAAUCGGCGCUGGUACGGGCGGUCCGACUGUGCGAUUUGUCCGGAAGGCUACUUGGACUUCGCGCGCCACAGCCCGCUGGCCGGCAUGAUGGAGCUUGAAAACACGUCCCGGGAGGCCGGCAUGAUGUGCGAGCUGUACAGCCCGCGCAUGCGCACUCUCCACAAGCAAUGCGGCGAGGCCCCUCGACCGGACCCCGCCCCACUGCUGGCAUCCUCGGUUCGGUGGCGGCUCAUCUGGGCGGGGACGGUGCCGCGUAUACGCAUGAUGCUAUUCCAGGGGCAGAUGAUGCAGAUGGAGCAGCAGAUGCUGAACGGCAUGAGCCUGGUCUCUACGACCGCCGGCGGGAUCGACCAGAUCAAUUACGGGUCUUUGCGCACAUAUAGUUCUCCCGCUGUGAGGCACGGCUUUCAGUUCGAUAACAUGAACCUCCUCAGGGCUGCCGUGUAUACAGUAGGCGUAUGGCCUCGUUGCAAAUAG